UACCGGAAGUGGGGUUACAGCGAGAGGUGACCGUGUAGGGACAUGCGCUUCUGCUCUGUUAGGCGCUGGCAGUUGAAUGAAUAGCUGAACUGGAGUCCCAAUGAAGGUAAGAGGGAAUAUUAUCGCACUGUGUGUACCUGAGGCACCUGUCUCGUUGCUGGCUCUCGUGUAUACACUCGUUGUCGACAAGCCCCGUCUCAGAGAGGACAAAACGGAGCUCUACAAGGAUGAAGAGACUCCCCAUCCUAGUUCUGCUCUUGUGGCUAUGUGCCAUGUUCUACAUUGGCAUCUUCCUGUUUGUGGGUGGCUUCCUGCUGGUGAGGCUGGAGGUCAACCGGACCAGCACCUGUGGGGAUGUUUUGCUGCCAGGGGACCAGCAGGGGGACUUCUGCCAAGGACAGCCACGCUUCCGCAAGGCUGUGGUUCUCAUCAUAGACGCCCUGAAGAUCGACUUUGCCCGCUUUGACCCCGCGAACAAAGAGCCCCGCCCUUUCGAGAACAAGCUGCCCGUGCUGGAGGAAGUGACCUCAUCAAAGCCCUCCCAUGCCCGCCUGUUCCCAUUCCGUGCCGACCCCCCCACCACCACUAUGCAGAGGAUCAAGGGCUUCACCACAGGCUCCCUGCCCACCUUCAUUGAUGUGGGCAAUAACUUUGCCUCCAGUGCCAUCCUGGAGGACAACCUUGUUCACCAGCUAGCAGAAGUGGGCAAGAGAGUGGUCUUCAUGGGUGAUGACACAUGGGAAAGUCUCUUCCCAAAAAAGUUCCACCGUUCCCUGCCCUUCCCCUCUUUCAAUGUCAAGGAUCUGCACACAGUGGACAAUGGAAUUCUGCAGCACCUGUACAACAUCAUGGUAAGUGAUGACUGGGAUGUGUUGGUAGCUCACUUCCUGGGGGUGGAUCACUGUGGCCACAGGUUUGGUCCUGACCACCCGGCCAUGGCUGACAAGCUCACCCAGAUGGAUGGGGUCAUCAGAUCUGUGCUUGAUCGGCUGCAGAAUGACACCCUGUUAGUGGUUAUGGGAGAUCACGGUAUGACAGAUACAGGUGACCACGGGGGGGAGAGCCAGAAGGAGACUGAUGCUGCCAUCUUCCUCUACAGCCCCUCUCCCCUCUUUCCAGCAUCCCCUUCCAAGAGUGAUCCUGAGGUGGUGCCCCAGACAGACCUGGUGCCUACCCUGGCCCUGCUCCUGGGCAUCCCCAUCCCCUACAGCAGUGUGGGACAGGUCCUGCUGCCUCUGUUCCCUGCAGAAAGCCAGACAGGGGGUGCACCAGCAGGUCUCAGCCAGGCAGAGGCACUGUGGAUCAAUGCCAAACAGGUCAACCGUUUCCUAGAGACCUAUUCCAGCAUGGCCAAAGACAUCCCUCCAGAGAGUCUGUCUCAGCUGCAGGCAGACUUCUCCCGCCUCUCCUCCAAGUACCUCAGCACCGUCAAAGAGGGCCGCUCUCCCACCCCAGAACUAGUGGCCUCCCUGCAGGGGUACCUGACCUCUGUCCGGGACACCUGCCGCGCCACCUGGGCCCACUUCAACCCAGCCAAGAUGGCUGCCGGCAUAGCUGUCCUGGCGUGUGCCUGUGUGCUGUGUUACGUCCUCUCUGAGAUGUCCUCUGUGCUGGUGAGGGAGAGUGGUCUGCUGAGGGUCCCUCUGGUGGCAGCCACUGUGGUGGGGGUGUGUGUGGCUGCAAGUCAGCUGUUCACCCAAGGCUAUGCUGAGGGGUCCUGGUGCCUGGCGGCUGCAGCCCUCUCCUCUGAGGUACUGGUCCUCUGGAGAGCCCAACAGGCCAGGAAGACUACAGCGGCUGAGGGUUUAGAGGUGGCCCCAAGACGUAGCUGGCUGACCCUGCCUCGCUUCUUAUUAACCCCUCCCAUUCUGGUGCUCCUCCUGCGCUGUGCCUCCCUGCUCUCUGACAGCUAUGUAAUAGCAGAGGGCCGUGUGGUCACCUUUCUGCUUUUUUCCAUGAGUCUCUAUGUCCCCUUCCAUCUCAACUGGGACGGCCUCCUGCUACCCCCUGUCCAUGACCCCCUGAAACCCGCCGGGCUGCUGCCUUCCCCGGUUCUAUCCCCCUUAGCCGUAAGGAGGGAGAGCAGCACCUUCCUGGCCUGCCUGGGGGUGUUAGUGGGCUCUCUCUACCUCUCCCUCUUCUUCCACGGCUGUCGUGAGGAGCAGGGCUCCUGCCAGCCCUCCCCGUUCCUCUCCCCCCUGUCACGGGUGCAGGACAGCCGUCUGAAGAACCUACACUACAUCCUGUCUCUGGCCUCUCUGGGCGCCUGGACCUACCUGCUGCGGCGCUGGCUGCGGCACUACGGCAACCUGAACAGCCCUGGUGGCACGGUGUUCACGGCCCGCUGGAUCUUGCCUCUGCUGUCUGUCUGUUUGGGGCUCCACUGGGCUGUGGCUGCCACCCCAGAGGACAGCUUUCGGAACCUGGCUGAGCUGAUCAGCUUGGGCCAUCGGGCCCUCCCUAGGGUUGCUUUCUCUCUGCUGGGCGUAGGGCUGGCGCUGCUAUGGCUGGACCCGCUCACCGUAUUUAUCAAAAGCAGGGCUGCAACCCCUGUCCGAGGCCCUGUAUCGCUCCCCCCACCCCGCUACCGGGCCAGCACGGGCAUCAGCACCCAGGCAGAGCUGCACCACCUUAUCCCCCAGCUCUACCAGCGCAUGCGCCGCUCCCUGGAGGAUGGAGAACCAGCCAGGGUUCCUGAGGGGGGCGACCGGCCAGCCGUGGAGGCCUACGGUCUGGGUACGGUCUACUCGGCCCCCGUGGUCCUGCUGUGCGGCCUGCUAGGGCUGGGCCUGCUGCUGCUGCAUCCAGAGGGCAUGUCCCUGUCCUUCCUGCUGCUGCUCCUGGAAAUGGGAGCCCUGCUGCAGAUUCACGCCUCCUCCACUACCCUCAACGCCCUGCAGGGGUCGCACUCUGGUGGCUUUUCUGUGCCCUGGACCCCGGUAAUGCUGUGGUCCCUGGCUGCCACUCAGUUCUUCCAUGCCACAGGCCAUCUGCCUACGUUCCCAUCCAUCCAGUGGGCUGCUGCCUUUGUGGGCUUCCCUGGUGGGCACACGGGCACCAUACUCCCCGCUUCACUGGUCACCCUCAACACCUUCUCCUCACACAUCCUCUUUGCAGUGGCUUGUCCGCUGCUUCUCUUCUGGCCGCUGGUGUGUGAGGUGCGAGGGGGACGAGGAGGAAGAGGGGGAGGUGGGGAGGAAGGACAGGACAAUGCUAUCAUGGAGAUGAGACUAAGGGAGAGUCCCCAGCAGUUCAGUUCUGCCCUUCUACAGCUCGCAACACGCUACCUCUUCAUUAACGGGGCACAGGUCUUUGCAUCAGUCUGUGCAGCUGCUAUCCUCAGGAGACAUUUAAUGGUGUGGAAGGUUUUUGCACCCAAGUUGAUGUUUGAGGCCUCAGGGUUCCUGGUGAGCAGUGUGUUUGUGCUGGUGGGCGUGACCCUGGUGAUGAGGGUGGACGUGGCAGUGGGGCGCUGGUUUAAGAGACUCCUCCCUGACACGUCUGGGUAGAGCUGCUAUUGCACUGUUGCAAUUGACCAGGGCCCACUGUAAGGCACCCUACACUGUACAUCCCUCUCUGGUUCUGGGGGGGUGCAAGGAUGGACAGAAGGGGGUGCAAGG